AAUGGAUUUGGAGAAACUAUUAUUCAUCAUUCAUGUAUUUAUACUUUCUAGGAAAUUGUUGACAUAUGUUUUAAAGAUUGGGUUGUUUCUCCUUCCAGCUUUAACACUUUUGGGAUUAGUCUUCAUUUUUUUAUUAUAAUUUAGAGAAUAAUACAAACAAUUCUUGGAUAUAUAAAGCCACGGUAUAUUUCAUUUUCAGCAUAGAGCACUUCAACAAUGAGACUAUAUACAUUUUCAACAUAACCGAUGCUGAAUUAAAAGAAAAAAAUGAAUCAUACUUAUCAAUGAGAUUUACGAUUAAUUAAGAAUUGCUCCUCAUCAGCAACGAUUUUCAAUAGAAAUACAAUUUCUCUGUUAGUACCAAAUUCAUAGAUGUUGAUUUUUACAAUAAAGAUUAUUAUUCUAUUUUAUCCUUAGCACCAGAUUUAGAAACUAUGUUUAUUAUUGACUUCCUUGAUUUCUAUUAGGAAAGUAACAUAUCACUAUUGAAUUAAUAAACAAAUAAAAAAUGGAGUUGGGAUAUCUCUGAGUUUGCAAGUUCAUUAUUAUUAUUUAUAUAGGAAAAAAUGCUGUAGCUUACGAUUAAAGAUUAUAUGCAACUAUAGAAACCUUGUUUAAAUGUAUAUUGGGAAUAUUUUUAUAAUCAAUAUUUGCUUCAUUUUACUUGAAGAUACCUCUUGCUUGUAGUCCUAUUAUACAUCUAUAUGAGUGUAUUUUUUGUUCAUAUUCAAUUUUAAAGUGAAUUGUAUUUCAGAGUGUUAGAAUUAAGAAUUAUAAGCAUAAGAAAUAUUGGAGGAACUUCCUUGGUUAACCAAAUAUUUGAAUAUUUUGGAUAGAAAUCAUAAAUUAAAAAAAGAGUUGCUUGAUGCAUCUUUCCAAAUGUUUAUUUUAUUAGGCUUUUCUCAAUUGUUUUAAUUCGACGUUUAUAGUUGUUCAUUUCAGUUAUUAACAAAAAAUCACCCAGAAGGAUUGAUUGAAAGAUUUUUUAUGUAAGAUUUAUAAUUAAAUUAGAUCAUUUACACUAAUUGAAUUCUGGAGCUUCCUUUUUAAAAGAACCAGAUCAUCCUUUUAUUUUGUUCCUAAAUACAUUGUACUUACCUACAUUUUAUUUUUCUAUUAUUUUCAAAGCACUAUCUAUGGGUAUUACUAUCUGGCAUUUUACAUUUGUAUCUGCUCAUAAUGCACCAUAAUAUUUUACUUUACCCUUCAUUUCGAAAUAGCAGCCUUGGAUUGGUCCGAUAUGUCCCCCUACACUCCUUCAUUUGAUCGACCUAGAGUUUGCUACACUCCAUUGUUUAGUAUGACUUGGAGCAAUGACAUUCCACCCUUUUGGACUAUGUUCUACCCUCUUUGUGGAAGAAGGUAUCUUUUAAAUUAAACUACCUUAGGUAUUUCUAAAUUUAGAAUUUGGCACUUGUGGAUAAUAAUUAAAUCUUAUUAAACAAUUUUUUACACCAAGAUGAUGACAUAGAGAAUGAUCCUGUUUAAGUUCCAAAUUUGGUAGCUUAAGUUGCUUUACCUUAAUAAUAAUAGCCAAACUAAUAUGCUUAAAUAAAUUAGUAGUUUGUAAUCAAUGCAGAUAAUAUACUUGAAAAUUAAUAACCAUAACAAUAAAAUUAGCCUUUGUGA